AUGGAUUUAAGAGUAAAUGAGCAGAUGUCCGUGGACGAAUGCUGUAGGAACGGAAGGAACUAUGGUCUGAACAAUCAUCACUGCACUUCCUUUCCUCGCAUCUCCCCCUCCUCUAGCUGCAGAAUGGCUCAGGAACAGUGUUGUGAUGCUGCUCUAAAAGAGAUUCACUGCACCAUCGGCAUGACCAGUGCCUUCAGACGUGAAGGGUGUGAGCUCGCUUCAUUUCAAGGAGAUCAGUGUGGGGUAAAAACUGCCAAGAUGUGCUGUGAGUGCUGUGUGCUCGGGUUGAUGAUUAAAAGUCAGAGCUGUGAGCUGAACAUCUCUGUUACUGUUCACUGCAGGGACGUGGCUCAGACCUGCUGUCAGGACAAACAGCACGGUUCAGUCACACAAGGGUCACCUCUGCUGAAUAACAACAGAAAUAGCAAUAAAGGACAUAAACACAGCCGCAACUUAUGUGCAGUAGGGUUAACUAAGUGCUCUCAGCUAUGUGUGGGAAACGGCACCUGUGUCUGUAUGAGAGGUUAUCGUCUUAAAUCAGAUGGCUACACCUGUGAAGAUUAUAAUGAGUGUGUGACAGGUGAUCACAGCUGUAGGCUUGGGGAAAUGUGCAUUAACACACAGGGUUCAUACAGAUGUUUGAGAGAAGCCAACUGUGGAACAGGAUAUGAACUCACUGACACCAACACCUGCCAAGAUAUUAAUGAAUGUUUGGUUGGAACACAUACUUGCGGGCCUGAGUUUACAUGCCAGAACACUCCUGGUUCUUUCCGCUGCCAUCCAAAAAAGCAGUGUGGGGUCGGUUUCAUCCAGGAUGCUAUCGGAAACUGCAUUGAUAUAAAUGAGUGUGUACAUGAGAAGAGUCCAUGCCUUCCAGGUCACACCUGUAUGAAUACAGUGGGAUCGUACAUCUGUCAGAGAUUCACAGUGACCUGUGGGCGUGGGUAUCAUUUAAACAAAGAGGGUACACAGUGCUUAGAUGUAGAUGAGUGCCAUGGGUUACAAAGUCCUUGUCAGGGCCACAACUGUGUCAAUCUAAUGGGCACUUUUCGCUGUGACUGUCGUACUGGCUUUACAUUUAACACCAUCAGCAGGAAGUGUGAAGACAAUGAUGAAUGCAGCAGCCAUCCUGGGCGCACCUGUGCCCAUAAAUGUGAAAACAUCCCUGGCUCGUACCGGUGUAGCUGCCACUCUGGGUUCAGACUGGCUGAAGAUGGCAGGAGCUGUGAAGAUGUUAAUGAAUGCGAGAGUAACCCAUGCAGCCAAGAAUGCACCAACGUGCACGGAUCCUAUCAGUGUUACUGCCGCCGAGGGUACCAGCUCAGCAACGUGGAUGGAGUUACAUGUGAAGAUAUCAAUGAAUGUGCACUGAUUUCUGGGGGUAAAAUUUGCUCCUAUUAUUGUUUUAACACACCCGGCAGCUACAAAUGCACCUGUCCUAGAACAGGCUACAAACUCGCCCCCAACGGACGCACCUGUCUGGACAUUGAUGAGUGUGCAACUGGAACCCACAACUGCUCCACUACACAGAGCUGUUUUAAUAUUCUGGGUGGAUUUCGGUGCCUGUCAUUUGAGUGUCCGCCCAAUUACCACCGUGCUUCAGCGAGUCGCUGUGAGCGCUUACCUUGUGGGGAGAACACUGAGUGCCAGACUUUACCACUAAAAAUUUCCUUCUACAAUCUUACCUUUCCCACCAACAUCCCUACACCUGCUGCAGUCUUCCGGAUGGGCCCUUCCAGCUCAGUACCUGGCGAUGAGGUCCAGCUUUCUAUCGUGGAUGGGGAUGUUGAGGGAUACUUCAGUGUACAGAAAAUGGCUCACGGUGCAGUGGUGUCUCUGAGAAGGUCGUUUCUCGAACCCCGGGACUUUCUGCUCACUGUGGAGAUCAGACUAAUUCGAUAUGGAACAGUGAGUGUUUUUGUAGCUAAAAUUGCCGUGUUUGUGGUUAAUGAUCAGCUGGUUCUAAACCAUAGCUCAAUUCCUUAACUUUUUACUGUUUCUUUCACUGUUCCUUAUUUUUUCAGUAUUAAAUGUCAUUUUAUAUAAAAAUAAUACUAAUGUCAUUUGGUGGCACCAUUUAUUUGUAUUAUUUAUAAACAUUGAAGUGAAAUAAAUA